AAUUAAGUGGUAGACAUGGCUAGCGGUGAUAAUUCUGAUACACCGAAACAUUUGACUUACGCGAAAUCAGACCUACCUUUGAUUGGGGCAAUGGUUGACUUCAUAGAAACCAGCUUCCGAUAUAUAAAACAUAAGACGUUUGUCCAAGCUGAAAAACUAAAUGCCAAGUCUUCGAGGGUAACAUUGUCUGCUACUUUCAUGACUACGGUAUGCCUGAUGUUGGGGUUUGUUAGUAACGUGAAGUUCGAAGUAGUGACCUUUGAUGAAGAGCCUCUGGCCAAUGACUUGCAUUUCAUGCUUAUGAGCAAGGACGAUAAAUUGUACAUCGACGAUAUUGACGUCACACGUGUCAUGUGGUGUAUAGAGGCUUCGGAUGUACUUGUCUUGUUUAUAAGUUGCCUACUAAUUUGGAACUCAUCGAAUGUUAGGUCACCACUGAGCGAGUAUCUAUUCUUGCCGUGGCUCGGAAUGACAUUGCGGGGGCUGUUUCUGCGACAGGCGCCGACUGCCGGAGCCUUGCUGUACACCACGGCGGUGGUUAGCGGUGAAAUCAACCCACUGUUUUUGACGGCAUUCUCUUUUCUCUUUCUGCUAGAAGCGCGGAUGUGGUUGGAGGUGGCUCGUCUGGUGCGCGCGCGCUGGGAUCGUCGAGAGCAAGCGGACCCGAGCCAUGACUCGGAGUACGAACUCGAGACUCUGUGGAGCAAUGACGACGUGCAGAGCGUCGAAGUUCGCAAUUACGUUUAUUGAUUUACAUAUUCUUUAUUUAAAUUUUGUAUUGUUUUUAUAUUGAUUAUUUUGUGCACGAUUUGUUACGUAAAAUAUAUUUUAAAGUAAAUUGUUGUUUAUUGAUAACGAUUGCGUGGAUCACGAUAACAUUUGAGUAUGAUAAAACGACACAAAUAAGUAUUAAAAAAA